UCCUCGAGAGCUUUUGUGAUGGAGCCCCUGCAGGAGGACCCAGUCUCAUCUCCUGGUCUCGCCUCGGACUGCCUGCAGUCUCGUCUCUCUGUCGAUCAAUUCCACUCGCAGUGCCCGUAUCUGGUGGCGAUCUUGCAGAAAUGGCCGUAUCAAGUGUUUUUGAGCCUUCCGCCAUAUCUCAGUAGUAUUAUGCAUACUGCAUUCGCUGCUGUAGAUGAGGCUUGAAAAUCAAACACGCAACAAACUUCGUCUGCUUGUCCCUGCAACUUCUCUAGCCCAGCAUCAUGACUCGUCCGAAAAGGAGUUAGAAGGAAUUCAAAAUCACCAAUGGGAAAAACUCAAGGGGACAGGGGAUUCUUGAGAAUCACAUGGUGUCCUCAGAAAAAUAGG